AUGAAUACCCCGUUGGAUGAACUACAAUGGAAAUCCCCAGAAUGGAUUCAAGCGUUCGGUUUAAGAACAGAAAACGUCUUAGAUUACUUUUCUGAGUCUCCAUUCUUUGAUAAGACCUCGAAUAAUCACGUAAUAAAGAUGCAAAGACAAUUUUCUCAGAUGCCUGGAGAAGCACCACCUCAAACUAAUGGUAAGCAAGAAAACGAAAAUGGUUCGCAAGAGAAUAAUGGAAAUAAUUCACAAUUUAAUUCGUCAUUACUACCACAACAUGAUUUCUCUCAGGCACAAAAUGAAUUCAGUCAUGUAGAGCCAAGUAGGCGAGAUGUAUUGACAAAAUAUCCCAUGUAUGCUGCUUUAGAGAGGGAAUUAUCUAAGUUAAAAGGUGUUGAAUACGUCCUGGCAUGUGUUAGAGAACCUGAUUUUUGGAUCAUUAAGAAACAGAAUCGUCUUUCAAGUAAUCAAACAGAUGUUCUACAAGAUUACUAUGUCAUUGGUGCAAAUGUAUAUCAAGCCCCAACAAUGUUUAAAGUUAUACAGAACAGAUUAAUGUCCACAAAUUACCACUUAUCUCAAACGAUAAAGAACUUGCAUAAAUUAACUCAAUUCCAACCUUCUCAUGGGAUGCAAUUCAAAUCUACUGCAUCUUUAUCUAGCCAAACGGUUAUGCCAAACGGUUCGACAGUAACUAGUGUACCAGCAACGGCAGCUACGACGACCACUACGGGGACAUUCUCUACUGCUACUACGAUGAACACAGCAGCUCAGACGGCUAAUUCUGCCCAAUAUGAUAAUUCUAGAUCUAGAGAUAUGAUUACAAAGGACAUGAUGGAUAAACUAAUGAUAACAAGUAUAAAGUCCAAGCCAGAAUAUAUUCAAUGA